AGAAACACGAGACUUUCUGCUCCUGUAACGAGUUAUCGCCUCGAAAACAGGGCUGGCUCCUCCCACGACGGACACCACAAUGGCAGUUCUACCCUGUCCUCUUGAGUCACUAUGACUCGAAUGAUCUCUGUGGCAGUGAGUCGACAGUGACGCCGGAGGGCAGAGUAGAACUGUUCCAAGAGUCUCCAUCUCACCUUUCUACAGUGGAGACACUGGAGCGGAGAGUGGAUUUCUCAUGGAAGUGUGUGUUGAUUCCGUGGAGUCAGCUAUGAAUGCAGAAAGAGGAGGUGCUGGUCGGAUUGAAUUAUGCUCCGGUUUACUGGAGGGAGGAACCACGCCCAGCAUGGGCGUCCUUCAAGUUGUGAAGCAGUGUGUCCAGAUCCCAGUGUUUGUGAUGAUUCGGCCACGAGGAGGGGAUUUUUUAUAUUCAGACCGUGAGAUUGAGGUUAUGAAGACUGACAUUCGUCUCUCCAAGCUGUAUGGUGCCGACGGUGUGGUAUUUGGGGCACUAACUGAAGAUGGACACAUUGACAAAGAACUCUGCGUGUCCCUUAUGGCUAUUUGCCGUCCUCUGCCAGUCACUUUCCACCGAGCCUUUGACAUGGUCCGUGACCCAGUGGCAGCUCUGGAGACGCUCCUGAACCUGGGGGUUGAGCGGGUGCUGACCAGCGGGUGUGACAGUUCCGCUCUAGAGGGGCUGCCCCUGAUAAAGCGACUCAUGGACCAGGCAAAAGGCAGGAUUGUGAUAAUGCCAGGGGGUGGCAUAACGGACAGAAACCUGCAAAGGAUCCUUGAAGGUUCCGGGGCUACAGAGUUCCACUGUUCGGCUCGGGCUGCAAGAGACUCUGGAAUGAAGUUUCGAAAUCCCUGUGUUUCCAUGGGAGCCUCAAUUUCUAACUCAGAGUAUUCUCUAAAGGUGGCAGAUGUGACCAAAGUCAGGACUCUGAAUGCCAUUGCGAAGAAUAGCCUGGUGUAGCCCACCUCUCCGAGCAGCAUGGAGAUUACAGGCCGAAGGUAGAAGUAUUGUCUAUAGUUGACCAUGACAUAACUUUUGUGGCCGGGGCAGUCAUAGUCUUUGUUGUAAGUCUCACGUGCCGCGGAGAAUACUUCAAAAGGAAAAUAACCUGAAACAGCUGUAGUCAGUCCUUUUGCAGCCACCUGUCUCCAUGGUUCAGUCUGAGCCGUGCGUUUCCCAGAUAGGCGCCUCGUCUGCUGAUGGCGAUGGAGUUAAUUGGUGAGCUGGAAAAAGUUAAGAGCAACCUAUGAAUUCAGAGUGUAGCUUUAAGGUCAAUUCAAUAGGAGUAUCUUGCUUUUCCAUUUGUAAAAUAAAAUUUUCCAUUUUC